AUGGGGUGCAGUGCGAGAUACUGUUUACUGGCUCUAUCCUUGUGCCUGGUGACUGAACAGGCCUUAGGUGUUAGAGUAAUGCCCAAACGAAAGAAAGAAGCAGGUACCGUCCCAGACGAUCAGUCAACAUCAGCAUCAUGGUGGCAAGCAGGCACAGCGACGCCCUUCCAUGAGAGCAGCAAUAGCGCAUUCUCUUCAACGCAUGGUAUCGUUCAGACACAUCCAUCGAUAAAUGACGGAUAUUCCUUUGGAAACCUUGCCAAUACAAUCGGACCUUCAUCUAACCCAUUCGUCCGAACAAGCGGCAGCGGCCCGCUUAGUGGCAAUUUCCGCAACAAUCCGCUACCACCGCUUUCUAAGAACGUGAAUGGAAAAAUGUCGUUCAAGCACUUGGACUUCACGAGUAGUGCGACUGCUGAGCUCAGAAGGAAUCCAGCGUUAUCCGCUCCUGAUGAAUGUGCGCGUGCUUGCAGAGAGGGAGAGCCACCGAGAAUCUGUUACUACCAUUUCACUCUUGAGCUGUACACUGUUUUGGGCGCGGCUUGCCAAGUUUGCACACCUAACGCAACCAAUGUAGUCUGGUCUCACUGUCAAUGUGUGUUGGCCGAUGGUGUGGAGCGAGGUAUCCUUACAGCAAACAGAAUGAUUCCUGGACCAUCGAUUCAAGUGUGUGAAAAUGACAAAGUGGUAAUUGAUGUUGAGAAUCAUAUGGAAGGUAUGGAAGUGACCAUCCACUGGCACGGUAUCUGGCAAAGAGGAUCUCAAUAUUAUGAUGGUGUACCAUUCGUAACGCAAUGUCCUAUUCAACAAGGAAAUACAUUCAGAUAUCAAUGGCAAGGUAACGCAGGUACUCACUUUUGGCAUGCACACACUGGUCUUCAGAAAUUAGAUGGAUUAUAUGGAAGUAUUGUUGUACGUCAACCUCCAUCCAAAGAUCCCAACAGUCACCUUUACGACUACGAUUUGACUACACAUGUCAUGUUAAUCAGCGACUGGCUGCAUGAAGAUGCUGCCGAAAGAUAUCCGGGUCGUCUUGCUGUCAACACUGGUCAAGAUCCCGAAUCUGUAUUGAUUAACGGCAAAGGACAGUUUAGAGAUCCCAACACUGGUUUCAUGACAAACACACCAUUAGAAGUUUUCACUAUUACUCCAGGCAGGAGAUACAGGUUUAGGAUGAUCAACGCUUUUGCUUCAGUUUGUCCAGCUCAGCUUACUAUCGAAGGCCAUAACCUGACAGUUAUUGCGACAGAUGGGGAACCCGUGCAACCAGUACAAGUCAACACUAUUAUAUCUUUCUCCGGUGAACGAUACGACUUUAUCAUAGUCGCAGAUAAUAACCCUGGCGCAUACUGGAUCCAAGUACGAGGUCUUGGAGAAUGUGGUGUAAAACGAGCACAACAAUUAGGAAUACUCCGGUAUGCUAGGGGCCCAUAUCAGCCUUCCUCGCCAGCGCCUACGUAUGAUGUGGGAAUUCCACAAGGAGUGGUUAUGAACCCACUGGACGCAAUAUGUAAUAUACCCAGAACCGACGCCAUUUGCGUCAGUCAACUGAAAAACGCCAAGCACAUCGACCCUGCAAUACUCCAGGAUAGGCCUGACGUAAAGAUUUUCUUACCAUUCCGAUUCUUCGUUUACAGACCAGAGAUGUUAUUCCAACCGAAUACUUAUAACCGAUAUUUAGUGGCACCGGGUGGAGAUCACGUCAUUAGUUUAAUAGACGAAAUAUCGUAUAUGUCCCCACCGGCCCCUCUUAUAAGUCAGUAUGAUGACAUUAAUCCUGAACAAUUCUGUAAUGGCGACAAUAGGCCAGCUGAUUGCGGACAAAAUUGCAUGUGCACUCACAAGGUUGACAUUCCGCUUAACGCAGUUGUAGAGAUUGUACUAGUAGAUGAAGUUCAAAUCGCGAACUUAUCCCAUCCGUUCCACCUGCACGGUUACUUUUACAACGUGAUUGGUAUUGGACGGUCGCCCGACCAGAACGUCAAGAAAAUUAACCUGAAACACGCUCUCGACCUCGACAGACGAGGAUUACUUGAACGUCACUUGAAACAAGGAGAUUUGCCGCCGUCGAAAGACACCAUUGCAGUACCCAAUAAUGGCUACGUUAUCUUACGAUUUAGGGCUAAUAAUCCUGGUUUCUGGCUCCUCCAUUGCCACUUCCUCUUCCACAUCGUCAUCGGCAUGAAUGUCGUGCUACAAGUUGGCACCCAAGCCGAUCUGCCUCCUAAUGGAAAGGUAUUAAAUCCUCUAGAUGCAAUUUGUGAUGUACCAAGGAAUGACGCAGUGUGUGUCAGUAAUUUAAAAUCGGCAAAACCGGUAGACAAGGCAAUACUUCAAGAGAGACCAGACGUAAAAAUAUUCCUGCCAUUCCGUUUUCACUUCUACACGCCAAAAGAUCUUUUUAAGGAAAAUACAUACAAAAAUUACUUAGUUGGCGGUUUUGGUGGCGAUCACGUAUUGAGCUUAGUGGAUGAGAUUUCCUACACCGCACCUCCCGCGCCGCCGCUGUCACAGAUGCACGAGCUACCGUCUGAACUCUUCUGUAAUGGCGACAACAGGCCCCCAAACUGUCCCGUCGACUGUCGCUGCACGCACAUGAUUGACGUGCCGCUGAACUCCAUUGUUGAAAUCGUUUUAGUUGAUGAAGUGCAAUCGCCAAACCUAUCUCAUCCAUUCCAUCUACAUGGUACACCAUACAACGUUAUCGGUAUGGGACGAUCGCCGGACAAAAAUAUUAAGAAGAUCAACCUAAAACAUGCACUAGAUUUAGACAGAAAGGGCUUGUUGAACAGACAGUACAAUCUUCCUCCAUUUAAAGACACAGUGGCUGUACCAAACAAUGGCUAUGUUGUUUUAAGACUGAAAGCUGAUAAUCCAGGCUACUGGUUGUUCCACUGCCACUUCAUUUAUCAUAUAGUCAUCGGGAUGAAUCUGAUAUUACAUAUCGGUACGCAGCAAGAUCUACCGCCGGUGCCUCCCAAUUUUCCCAGAUGUGGUCACCAUUUGCCAGCCAUUACGCCUGCUUACUUCCCAAUACUUCAUUGA